AUGGGCAAAGGUCUACGAUCAAGCGUCAACAAGACCAACAACAGAAAGCUCAAGAAAAAUGUCUUUGGCCCUGUCGAGGCCGCCCGCACCGAGCGUCUGUCGCAAAAGCUGCAAGAAUUAGCCUCGCAGCCAAAGCCCCCAAAGUCAGACAUGGAAGUCGAGGAAUCAGGUGGUGAGAAUCCUCCUCGCCGCGACACACUCUUGCCCAAACUGACGUCGCUGUUCACAGACUCGAAGCAGGCCGAGUCCGAGGCCAAGGCCACCAGCGCAAAUGGUGCGUUAAAUGCUCUUGCAAUCCCGGUUCCAAAGUCGCUCGCCCAUCAAUGUCCCGCUACUGCUGCUGCCUCGAUGAACAUGCUCACUCCCCCACCAAACCCUCCGCUCGACAUCUCCGACUUCAACAACCGCUCCGUCAGAUCUGCGCAUAGACGCUAUGCCGACGAACAGCUCUUCUUCCACCUCUUGGGUGUUUCGACCGACAUCCAUGGCUUCGACUCAUUUGGCAACAUCUGUUUAGGGUUCGGAUCCGACUCUGAGAGUGACAAUGAGAGCAGCAGCAACACCGCAAUGGACCUCGACUUGACCAACGCCCCCAGAUCAAGCUGGAUCAAGGCCGAGAAGAGAGCCAAGGAAGAUAAGCGCAACCGCAUCGCAAAGAAGCAAAAGCGCAAGGUCAUCAACCAAAUGACUUUCAAGAAGAACCCUCGUACCGGAAAGAAGUGA